AAAAAUAGAUUCAUAUAUAGCAAAAAGAAAGAAUUUAAAAGCAGUGUGGAGGAGGCAUGUUCAGAGGCUCUCCAGCGCCAAAGCGUGUAACACCGCAAGAGGUCUUCAAAGAUGAAUGGUUCAAGAAAGAUUACAAGCCUCCUGUUUUCGAGGAGAAAGACUAUUCAAACAUGGAUGAUGUUGAUGCUGUUUUCAAGGACUCUGGUGAACAUCUUGUUGCUGAGAAAAAAGAAGAACAGCCAGCGGCAAUGAACGCUUUUGAGAUCAUCUCAAUGUCAAGAGGGCUUAACCUAGAGAAUCUGUUUGAUCCAAAACAGGAAUUUAAGAGGGAAACAAGGAUAACACUAAGAGGAGGCGCGAAUGAGAUAAUCGAGAAGACAGAAGAAGCUGCAAAGCCUCUCGGUUUUGAUACAUGGUAUAUUACAUGGCUUGAGAAUGUGAAGGCUGGGAGAAAAGAGUAUCUCAAUGUAGCAAAAGAGGCUGCGAGUAGACCGAAUGAUGUUGUGGUCGACAUUGAUGCUGCGGAUGCUGAUAACGAACUAGCUGCUGCGGAAUACGUAGAUGGCAUCUUCAGGUUCUCAGAAAACGCUGAAGUUGCUCUUCUUCCUUGGCUGGACAACUUAUCAGUUUCUUGAGCAUGAAGGAACAAAACCCUAGUCUUCUUUUGUUGAUCAUGUAGUUGUGAUGAUCUCUUUGUUUUCUUCCCUUGUUUUUUUUUGGGUUUUUACAUUGGAUCCUCUAUAUGAUCCGUCAAAGAUAAUGGUGUUGACCAUGAACAAAUUUUUUUUGGUGUGGUUUCAUUUAUCUUCAGUUUCUCUUGGACUAAAUAUUUUUAUUUCUA